UCAGUACCCCCGCAGUCGUCGCCAUUCGCAGGUCGUGCUCGCAGCGCUGAGCUCUUCCUGCGGUCGCAAAGUGAAUACCAGCUCGUCACGUACAAUAUUUUAAUAACAAGACUGCAUACUGGUUGAAAUAGUGAUUUGUUAUUUAUUAAUGGAAUGGAUUUAUCAGUGGACGAGUUCAUUGACGGUCUUUUGUACCAGAAAGAUGCGACAGAACAACCUUCAGACACCCAGAAACCCGAGGAUAUCACCAUGAGGAUACCAGAGUGGUACGAUGAGAAACUGUACAAUAAAGGGCGUCACUUCUACUGGAACAACUGUUUCCAGUUCACCUCUUCCAUGCUGGUGGGUCUGGUGGCCGUGUUUUCCGUGCCUUCCAUCCUCCGGGUGCUGAUAGGCACACGCCGGUCUAACUCGGUCUUCACCUCAUACAGACGCUACCUCUCCACUACGCUGUAUGCAGUCUCCUGGUUGGAACACGAACUGAAACCUGGAACUGUAUCGUGGAGGUCCUUAAUGAGUGUUCGUAGUCGCCAUAUAAAGGCGAGUGUUGCAUCAAAGAUGAAGGGCCAAGGAAUAAUCUCUCAGAGAGACUUGGCUCUCACACAGUUCGGCUUCUUCGGGUUCGCCAUGCUGAAGCCAGACAAGUUCGGAAUAAGACAGUUGGAACCUGGAGACUGGGAAGCUUAUAAUCACUUCUGGAGAACAAUAGGAUACGCUAUAGGUUUGGAAGACAAAUACAACAUUUGCCGAAAGAACUUCGAGGAGACCAGGGCUGUGUGUAAGAUUAUACUCGAUCGAGUAUUUACGCCGUGUCUCGACGUGGUCCCGGAGUAUUUCGAGCAUAUGUCCCGCAGUAUGCUGGAUGCUAUGCGGUGCGUGAACCCCACCAUCGAUGUGGAGGCACUCCUAUACUGGACUAAGUACCUCGCAGGAGUGCCCGGCUAUAUCUAUUCGGAGGGCGAGCGAGCUGAAUUGCAAGAUGCCCUUAAAGCCAAGCUAAAGGGAAAGUCUUAUGAUGUUGGCGUAGACACAGCGGAGCUGCUGCCAUCAAAACCAGCCAUCGAAGUAUCUCCGCGUACACCGCGACUGAUCUAUCUCCAGGACUACGAAACCAUAGAAUCGAUACCUGAGUACCAGAGACUUGACCUGAACGGCCGAUAUAAGCUGACAUUCAAUUACAUACUUGCAUCUUUGUACACUUCGUUCAUCUUCCGGUGGAUCUUCAACUUAAACUUUUACCUGGCUGUGUUUUUGAUGAAAUAUUUACCAUACCUAGCAUUCUUUAAGUUUGGGAUCACCGCAUCGUAUGUCAAUAUUUUUAAGGAGGAUCCUGUUGAUGACACUGUACCGAAGCCUAACUCCGAGUAUACGAAGCCUAGGCAAAAGCAACCGCUGUAUAAACAAAUGUUAUCUAUUGUUUGGUAAUAUUUCUUUUCAACAGCAUUUAGUUUGACACAAGCAAAUUGUAUCUUAGUAGAUACAGCGAGGUCCACAGAUAAUGUGGCUGUGUAGUCACAGCUACAUUAUCUGUGGACCUCGCUGGAACGUGAAACCGCCUCCCUUUCCUCUUUCACCCCCUCGCGCUGUUGAGUCAGUAAACGUUACGUUAACGUUUUGACUUUAGUUGUUAAUAGUUCUGUACAGUGUCACCAACUUAAUCAGAUAAGCUAAGAGAUAAGAUAAUAAGAACUGAUGGGUGUCGCUAUCGUCGUUUCAAUGUUGCUAAUUAAUUCCAAGGUGCACAAAAGUCGGGGCAUAUUUAACGCUUAAAAUUCAGAAGUAUCGCAAUAAAACACACGGAACACUCGAAAGUAAUAGACACUGACAGUCGAAUGACAUUUCAAAAUGGCGACCGUAGUUCCUAUUUUUGCCACUUCACAGUUAAGUUGGUAUUACUAUAGUUUCAGUUGUUCUGUGCAAAGAGGAUGUAAAUACUACGUCAUAGUUCUGUGUAGCCUUAAUAUGUCUGUCAGAAAAAUAAAUACUUACAUUUUGUAUUUAACCUAUUAUUAAAAACUAUAAUAAUAAUCAGCUUCAGACCACCUUUACAUCAAUCAAUAAUACAGAUAAAAUAGAUUGUUUGUUUAUAUAUUAUUUAAUAAUAACAUCUUAGUGAUGCUUGUUUUGCACACCGUAACAAAGCGACGAUGUGACGUCAUCAACGUCUGGCCCAGAGAUAAUUUAACCGGGUAGCAGGUAUUUAUUUCUUUGACAGAUCAUCGCAUAAUGUUUGUACGUGGUUAAAGUUUAUAUGUUAGUUUUUACCAGUGGGAGGCUCCUUUGCACAGGAAGUCGGCUAGAUUAUGGGUACCACAACGGCGCCUUUUUGUGCCGUGAAGCAGUAAUGUUUAAGCAUUACUGUGUUUCGGUCUGAAGGGCGCCGUAGCUAGUGAGAUUACUGGGCAAAUGAGUCUUAACGUCUUAUGUCUCAAGGUUGUAGUGCCGCUCAGAAUAUUUGGGUCUUUCAAGAAUCCUGAGCGGCAGUGCAUUAUAAUGGGCAGAGCGUAUCAACUACCAUCAGCUGAACGUCCUGCUCGUCUCAUUCGUUAUUAUCAUAAAAAAGGUAAGAUUUAAACAGUUUAGACUGGGUUGUACCAAAUAACUUUAGCAAUAACAAAUACCGGGCAAAAAAUGGGUUGCACGAUUUGACAAAUUUAAGAUGACGUUAUAACUGUAACUGUUAACUCUAACCGUCCAAUCUUCGCUGGUUAAAGCUAUUGUUAAUGUUACAUAGCUUAAUAGCGAUCUGCCGAAGGUUUCAAAUAGAUUUACGGUAUUGACUUGAUAUUUCACUUUUUAUCUUUAACUAUACCAAGGAAUAAGAUGGUGCAACAUAUUUCGAAGUUUAUGUUAAAAUCAGCGUUAAAUUUGAUUCAAACCUAAACUGUAACGACUAAUAUAAAGCAACACAGCCUAGUCAUUCGUAUUAUAUUUAACUGGCUAUGUUUUUUUCUACAUAUUAUUUCAUCAUUCAUGACCGCAUCCAGGGGAGUCUU